AUGGCAGAAAACGACACCGCCGCGGCGACACCACCCCAGAUGGCAGAAGAAGAGGAGGACCCAUCCCCGAUCCGACCCGAAUCCGGAGAAGAAACCGCUGUCCGACCCGAACCGACAGAAGAAAACACUGCAACGAUCCAACCCGUAUCGGAAGAAGAGAACCCGCAACCACAGAUCGCGGAAGAAGAGGAACCACCACUGGCUGAAGAAGACGACGCAGCGACGACCCGACCCGAAUCCGGGGAAGAGAAAGCAGUCGGAUCCGAACCGGAAGAGGAGAACACGGCACCAAUCGAAAUCGCAUCGGAAGAAGAGAAUGAAGCCGAAGGAGAGGAGGCAAAUCCGGAGCAACCCGGACGGAUCCGACUCGAGCUUCCAACGGGUCGGGUCAAGAAGAUAAUGAAGCUGGAUCCAGAGAUCAACAAGAUAAACUCAGAAGCUCUGUACCUGGUCUCCUGCUCCGCCCAGCUCUUCCUCCAAUUCCUCGCCGAGGGCUCCGCCGAGGCGGCGAUGGAGAAGCAGCGCAAGAUCGUGAAGCUAGAGCACAUAAGGACGGCGGCGAAGAGGCACCGCGCCACCAGAGAUUUCCUCGUGGAUGAGCUCCCCGUGCCGGCUCAGCCCUCCGAUCAGAAGUCCGCUGAUCGGAGCCGCGCUCGCACGGUUGCUGACAAUCCCGCUCCGGCUGGCACUCGUCGGAUUGAUGACUUCUUUAGUAAGUCAGCAACUAAAUCCCCAGUUCAGGUUGAGGAGUCAUAG